AUGUUAUUAAAAUCUUUAAGUGCUUUAUUCUUAUCAGUCGCUAGUGUAUUAGCAGAUGAUUUACCUGCUAUUGAAAUUGUUGGUAACAAAUUCUUUUUCAGUAAUAAUGGUUCCCAAUUUUUAAUGAGAGGGGUUGCUUAUCAACAAGAUACUGCCAAUGUCACUUCUGGUGAAUCGUUCGUUGAUCCAUUAGCUGAUGUUGAAGCUUGUAAAAGAGAUGUUCCAUAUUUACAACAAUUAAAUACUAAUAUUAUCAGAGUUUACGCCUUAAAUGUUACUCAAGAUCAUACUGAAUGUAUGAAAUUAUUGAACGAUGCUGGUAUUUAUGUCAUUGCCGAUUUAUCACAACCAGAUGAAUCAAUUAAUAGAAAAGAUCCUCAAUGGAAUGUUGAAUUAUAUAAUAGAUAUACCGGUGUUGUUGAUUUAUUCCAAAACUAUACCAAUGUCUUAGGUUUCUUUGCUGGUAAUGAAGUUACUAACGAAGUUUCCAACACUGAUGCUUCUGCUUUCGUUAAAGCUGCUGUUAGAGAUACUAAAGCUUACAUUAAAGCUCAAGGUUAUAGAAAUAUUCCUGUUGGUUAUUCUGCUAAUGAUGAUACUGAUAUUAGAUUACCAUUAGCUGAAUAUUUCGCUUGUGGUGAUGAUGAUGAAAGAGCUGAUUUCUUCGGUAUCAACAUGUACGAAUGGUGUGGAUCUUCUACUUUCAAAACUUCUGGUUAUGAAGAUAUUACUGAAGAAUAUAAAGAUUUAGGUAUUCCACUUUUCUUCUCAGAAUAUGGUUGUAACAAAGUUUCUCCAAGAAAAUUCACUGAAGUUGGUACCAUCUAUUCUGAUGAAAUGACUGAUGUUUGGUCCGGUGGUAUUGUUUAUAUGUAUUUCCAAGAAGGUAAUGAUUAUGGUUUAGUUUCUGUUGUUGAUUCCGAUUCUGUUUCAACUUUAGCUGAUUUCAACUACUAUAAAUCAGAAAUUAACUCAAUUUCCCCAAGUUAUGCUCAAUCAUCUGAUGAAAAAUCUGCUUCCCCAACUGAAUGUCCAACUGAUACUUCAAACUGGAAUGCUGCCACUGCUUUACCUCCAACCCCUGAUGAAGAUAUUUGUGAAUGUAUGGUAGAUUCAUUAAAAUGUGUCUUAGAUCCAUCUGUUGAUGAAGAUGAUUAUGAAGAUUUAUUCGGUACUGUUUGUGGUUUUAUCGACUGUUCAGGAAUCAAUGCUAAUGGUACUACUGGUGAAUAUGGUGCUUAUUCUCCAUGUUCUGCUAAAGAUAGAUUGGAUUUUGUCUUAAACUUAUACUACUUAGAUCAAGAUGAAUCCAAAUCUGCUUGUGACUUCGAUGGUUCAGCUUCCCUUAAAUCUGCUGCUACUGCUUCAAGUUGUUCAGCUUACUUGAAAUCAGCUGGUGUUUCUGGUUUAGGUUCUUUAAGUGGUGAAAUUAGAGCUACUUCUCACACUGAUAUUACUAAAACUUCCUCAGGUUCUAAAUCAACUGGUUCAAGUUCUUCUUCAUCUUCUUCAUCAACUUCAAGUGGUGAUUCAGAUUCAGGUGCUGUCAUGGGAGCUGGUGUUCACUACGGUUUAUUAGUUGUCGCUGGUCUUUUUGGUUUAGGUGUUUUCUUAGCCUAA